AGAGCCACUGCUGAUCCGAUAAAUGCUGUUCUAAACAGUAAUUUGUUAAAUAAUACUACAUUGUUGAAAAAUACUGCUAAGAAACUAAAAAAGCAAGUUUGUAUUACAAGUUUAGGAAAGCAGAAAGUUGAAACAGAUAUAAAACUUACUUACAAGAAAUAAACAUGUCUACGAAAGAGACUAGAGAUGAUGUUUUAGCUGCAAGAGAAGCUAAAAAAUUGGCGAAGCAGAAAGCUAAACACAAAGGAAAUGGUUCACAGAAAGAAGGAGCAGAAAAACUAAAAAAAGAACUAGAAGUACCACCACUAAAGGACUCCAACGUAGUGACACCUAAAAAAACAGAAAGUAAAGAAGUUAAACAAGAAUCACCUAAAUCUCAAGAUGUUGUGGACCGAGCAGCUGUAGAUGUAGAGGGAGUUAGAGACAGCCAGAAAUCCAGAGAUCAAAUUAAAGCUGAAAGAGCAGCUAAGAAAACUGCUAAACAGUCUAAGAAAACAGGCGACAAUGUCACUGCAAACCGAGACAUGACAGUCAGAGAUGUUGCAGAAACUUUAAAGGACAUCAAAAAUGUUGCCAAGGAUAUGCAAGACCUUACUGCCAAAGUUAGUGCUCUUAAUUUUGAAGCUAAUAAGCAGUCUAAUAAAGGUAAGCCUAAAGAAUCAAACAAAGGAAAUGAAGAUUCUACUAAAACAAAUAUAGAAGGAGUAAACGACAACCAAGAAUUGGGCGAAAAGAAAACAGAAGAAGGUAAAAGUAAGGCGGAGUUAAGAGCAGAAAGGCGCGCAAAGCAAGAGGCACAGAGGGCUGCUAAAGCUGCAGCAACCAACCAAAAGCCGGCUGCAAAGCCGAAACUCGAGGCAGCUAUGGUUAAGACAGAUAAACCUGUUGGUGAUGAUGUGAUUAAGGAAAAAUCCCCUAAACCAAAGUCAGUAGACAAGGGUAAGCCAAAAUCCACAAGUGCCAACAGAGUAAAUUGGUUUCAACAUUUGCAUCCAGAACAUGACCAGAAGGAAUCUUUAAAGAAAAUUGCUUUAAAUUCAAGCCUACAUCCUGCAAUUGUGAAGCUAGGUGUACAAUUAGCAACACGAGUUGUGUCAGGGUCUAAUGCCAGAUGUAUUGCUCUGCUUGAUGCUAUCAAAAAGAUGUUAAGAGACUACACAUUACCAGCUAAGACAGAAUUCGCACGCGGCCUAGAGUCACACCUGGCCGCAAGCUUGAACUUUCUGUGGUCAAUGCGACAGCCGUCUGCCUCGCAGACGAACGCCGUCAAGUAUUUCAGACACCAUCUCAAUCAACUGCCGAAUAAUAUUGAUGAGUUUGAUGCAAAGAAAAUUCUCCAAGAGGAGAUAGAUAAAUACAUAGAGGACCAGAUAGACAAAGCGGGCCAGGCCAUAAGCACGACGGUGCAGCAGAAGAUAACCAAUGGCGAUAAUAUUCUCACUUAUGGGUGCUCGUCCCUAAUCGAACGCAUACUACGCGAGGCGUGGACCGCUGGCAUAAAGUUUCGCGCGGUGAUCGCCGGCAACCGCGUCAACGGAGCCGCCAGAGAGAUGCUACGACGGCUUUCCGCCUGCGGACUGCCCUGCACCUACGUUGACAUCACAGCUAUCAGCUACGUUAUGAAGACUAUAAAGCUGGUCCUGCUGGGCGCGGGGUCCUUGCUGGCGCACGGCGGCGUCGUCGGUAGCGCGGGCACGGCGCAGACGGCGCUGGUGGCGCGCGCGCACAACGUGCCUGUUCUCGUCGCAUGUGAGGCACACAAGUUCAGCGAUCAAGUACAGACUGAUGCUUUCGUCUACAACGAACUGGGCGAUCCAGACGAACUAAUCGAUAAAACUGAUGAAAAUUCUCCUCUAAAGGACUGGCGAACAAACCCUAAUCUCACACCACUAAACCUAACUUAUGAUGUCACACCCCCAAAUCUCAUCACUGCUGUAGUCACAGAGAAAGCCAUGCUGCCUUGCACUAGUGCGCCUGUACUUCUUAGAACUAAACUUACAGAGUAUGGCAUGUGAUGACAAACUAUAAACAACAUAUUAUAGGAAUUGUAUAAAACAAGCAAAAAAGUUCAAUAUGAAAUAGAACUAUUUUUAUUGAGAAUCAAUCUAAUAUUUCAAUUAAUUUAGUCAUACCGUAGAACGAUUUGCCAUAACAAUGGUUUUUGCAAAUGACUGGUUGUGUCAUACAAUAAAUAAACAUAAUGUUAAACAAACACUUCACUCUUGUUCAAGUACUCUAAACAAAGUGAUUGUUUCUGUUGAUUUGUACCGAAGAAUGCGAUGUAUAGAGAUGUUUAUAAGCAAGAGCUUUGUUUUGUCUUGGUUCAUAAUGUAAAUUUUAUCUGUAAAUAGUUUUUCUUUUAUUUUACUGUUAAAAGCUCAAAUUUACUAUACUACCAUAGCUCCAUUAUUGUAUACAUAUAUACCG